ACUGCGUCAGCAACAGCUGUCCUGCAGCCCCGCGCUGGCUGCCAGAAGGGGAGAAUUACGUCCUCAGUGUAAGGCUUGACGGAAGACUUGAUUUUUUUUUUUAAUCAAGUUUCUUGGAUUCUGUGGGAAUAUUUGCUUUACCGUGCAAGCUUCUUCUAGGGAAACCCUGGUGAGGCGGUAUCCCUUUGCAAUGCGAAGAUGGCGACCCUGCACCCUCCCCCAAGCAUCUAUGCAGUCCGCCCCUUCACCCAGAAGUCACUGGCGGAGAUCGAGAGGCUCAAGGAGGAAAGAGAAAAGGCCGCAGAAGUAGAAGUAGGCCAAGAGGAGCAAGAGCUGGCAGUCCCGAAUGCUGACCUGGAGGCAGGAAAGAACCUGCCUAUGAUCUACGGAGACCCUCCACCAGAGCUGCUCAACACACCUCUGGAGGACCUGGACCCCUUCUACGAAGCACAGAAAACAUUCAUUGUGAUCAGCAAAGGAAACACGAUCUACAGGUUCAAUGCUGAACCAGCUUGCUACAUUCUGAGCCCCUUUAGUUUGGUUAGGAGAGGAGCCAUCAAAAUUCUCAUACAUUCAUAUCCUUUCAACUAUUUUAAAUUAUUUAGCAUGUUCAUCAUGAUUACAAUUCUCUCGAAUUGUGUAUUCAUGACGAUGAGCAACCCACCAGCAUGGAGUAAAACCGUCGAGUAUGUUUUUACUGGUAUUUAUACCUUUGAGGCAACCGUCAAAGUGUUGUCCAGAGGUUUCUGUGUUGGACCUUUUACAUUCCUUCGAGAUCCAUGGAAUUGGCUGGAUUUCAUGGUGAUCAGCAUGGCAUACAUCACUGAGUUUGUUGACCUUGGCAACGUGUCGGCCCUCAGGACAUUUCGUGUACUUCGAGCCCUCAAAACAAUUACUGUGAUUCCUGGUUUGAAAACCAUCGUGGGCGCUUUGAUCCAGUCAGUAAAGAAGAUGGUGGACGUCAUGAUUCUGACCGUCUUUGCUCUCGCAGUUUUUGCCCUUGUCGGCCUUCAGCUUUUCAUGGGAAAUUUGCGUCACAAAUGUGUGCGGUGGCCUAUUGAAUUAAAUGAAACUGAAUUUUUUAACACCACAUCAGCGUUCAAUGACACCGUGUCCUUCAACAACACAAUGGGCGGAAAUUAUACGUAUUCCAACGGUACCUUCAGUUUUAUGGAAUACAUAGAAAACCCAGAUAAUCACUAUUAUUUGGAAGGCAGCCUAGAUGCUCUUCUUUGUGGGAACAGCUCUGAUGCUGGAAAGUGCCCCGAAGGAUACACAUGCAUGAAGGCUGGGAGGAACCCCAACUUUGGCUACACCAGCUUUGACUCUUUUGGCUGGUCCUUCCUGGCCCUCUUCAGACUCAUGACCCAGGACUACUGGGAGAACCUUUUCCAGCUGAUCCUGCGGGCGGCUGGUAAGACAUACAUGCUGUUCUUUGUGGUGAUCAUCUUUCUGGGCUCCUUCUACCUCAUCAACCUCAUCCUGGCUGUGGUAGCCAUGGCGUAUGAAGAGCAGAAUCAGGCAAGUCAGCGAGAGGCCAUAGAGAAAGAGGAGGAGUUCCAGCGGCUACUGGAGCAACUCAAGAAUCAAGAACAGGCUCAACUUGGGAGCCAAGCCACUCUAAUCAGUAAGAAGACGCUCAGUCAUCACACAUCAUCUGAGUUGGCUGAUGAUGAACAGAGUCUUGAACAGGACAAAUUCAUCAAGGAUUGUAAUGGGAGAAUCAUUCCCCAUCUGCUCAUCAGAGCACCCACCAUGGAUGAGUCUGCUGCAGAUUACGAACUCAGAGAGAAGUCACUGGGCUCUGCGCACAGCAUGCUUCAUGUGGAAGAAUCAGGCCUGACACAGAGAUCUGCUAGUGCUAUGACUGUGCUCUCUGCAGCUGCUAUGGAAGAGUUGGAGGAUUCUCAGAGGCCGUGCCCACCUGGCUGGUACAAGUUUGCUGAUAUUUUCCUGAAGUGGAACUGCUGCACGCCCUGGGUGACCUUUAAAGAGUGGGUGCUCUUUGUGGUGAUGGACCCCUUUGUCGACUUGGCCAUCACCAUUUGCAUCGUGCUCAACACCCUCUUCAUGGCCAUGGAGCACUAUCCCAUGACUCCGGAAUUUGACAACAUGCUCUCAGUGGGGAAUCUGGUUUUCACUGGGAUCUUCACAGCGGAAAUGUUCUUCAAGCUCAUCGCCAUGGACCCCUACUAUUACUUUCAAGUUGGCUGGAACAUUUUCGACAGCAUCAUUGUCACUCUCAGUCUAGUGGAGUUGGGUCUGGCAAAUGUCCAGGGACUCUCUGUGCUCAGGUCUUUCCGUCUGCUUCGUGUCUUCAAGCUAGCCAAAUCCUGGCCCACACUCAACAUGCUGAUCAAGAUCAUUGGUAACUCAGUAGGUGCUUUAGGAAACCUGACUUUGGUGCUGGCCAUCAUCGUCUUCAUCUUCGCCGUGGUGGGCAUGCAGCUUUUUGGCAAGAGCUACAAAGACUGCGUGUGCAAGAUAUCCUCAGAGUGCGAGCUGCCGCGCUGGCACAUGAACGACUUCUUCCACUCGUUCCUCAUUGUGUUCCGCAUCCUGUGCGGGGAGUGGAUCGAGACCAUGUGGGACUGCAUGGAGGUGGCCGGAGCUGGGAUGUGUCUGGUUGUGUUCAUGAUGGUCAUGGUCAUUGGAAAUCUAGUGGUGUUGAACCUCUUCCUGGCCUUGCUGCUCAGCUCGUUCAGUGGAGACAACCUCUCAGCGGGAGACGAUGACGGAGAGAUGAACAACCUGCAGAUCGCCAUUGGCCGGAUCACGCGGGGCAUCGACUGGUUCAAAGCUUUCGUCGUUCGAACGCUCCUGCAGAUUCUUCACAGAAAGCCCAAGGAACCUGAGGAGGGUCCAGUGGACGAAGCGGACCCUAAAAUGGAGGGAAUUGAAAUGAACCACUUGGACACCAGUCAGAAUUUCAAAGUGGCAGAUGGAAUAGCUAACUGUGCAGUUGAAGGCCGGCCUUCUGGAUUUACUGUGGAUGGAGAGCUCAGUCUCAAUGUGCCAAUUGCCCAGGGAGAGUCAGACUUUGAAAACCUGGGCGAGGAUGAUGAUGAUGAUGAUGACGAUGAAGAAGAUGAAGAUGAUGCUGAUUAUGAUAAUGACUUUUCAUCUGAGAUUUCAGAUGAAAAAAAUGACCAACAUAACACAGAAAACUCAGAACAUGGAAGUAUUAUGCCAAGAAAUGCCAAACUCAUGGGUGCUUUGAGUGAUGGGGAUUCUUCAAUAUGCAGCACAGUGGACUAUCAACCACCUGAGCCUGAACCAGAAGAAGAGGAAGAAGAAGAGCCAGAGCCAGUGGAGCCAGAGAGCUGCUUCACUGACAACUGUGUGAAGCGCUGGCCAUGUCUGACUGUGGACAUCACCCAAGGUAGGGGCAAGAAAUGGUGGAACCUCCGUAGGACUUGCUUCACCAUUGUGGAGCAUGACUGGUUUGAAACCUUCAUAAUCUUUAUGAUCUUGCUCAGCAGUGGAGCUCUGGCCUUUGAAGACAUAUACAUAGAAAGACGGCGAACCAUCAAAAUUAUUCUGGAGUAUGCUGACAAAGUUUUCACCUACGUCUUUGUCAUCGAGAUGCUCCUUAAAUGGGUGGCUUAUGGCUUCAAGACUUACUUCACCAACGCCUGGUGUUGGUUAGACUUUUUCAUCGUAGAUGUCUCCCUGAUUAGUUUAGUUGCCAACUGGAUGGGCUACUCUGACCUUGGACCAAUCAAAUCCCUCAGAACCCUCAGGGCACUAAGGCCUCUCCGCGCAUUGUCGAGAUUUGAAGGGAUGAGGGUGGUGGUGAACGCUCUUGUCGGGGCGAUUCCCUCCAUCUUCAACGUGCUUCUGGUGUGUUUGAUCUUCUGGCUUAUCUUCAGCAUCAUGGGAGUUAACCUGUUCGCCGGCAAGUUCUACCGCUGCAUCAACACCACCACAGAGGAGCUCUUCCCCAUGACAGAGGUCAACAACAGGAGCGACUGCAUGGCCAUCAAAGAAGCCACACAGGAGGCGCGCUGGGUCAACGUCAAGGUCAACUAUGACAAUGUUGGGAAAGGAUACCUGUCCCUACUUCAAGUGGCUACUUUUAAAGGUUGGAUGGAUAUCAUGUAUGCUGCUGUUGACUCAAGAGAGGUAGAGGAGCAGCCUUCGUAUGAGAUCAACCUCUACAUGUACAUAUACUUUGUCAUCUUCAUCAUCUUUGGCUCUUUCUUCACACUCAACCUCUUCAUUGGUGUCAUUAUCGACAAUUUCAACCAACAAAAGAAAAAGUUUGGAGAUAAGGACAUAUUUAUGACUGAGGAACAAAAGAAAUACUACGAAGCCAUGAAGAAACUGGGUUCCAAAAAGCCGCAGAAGCCAAUUCCACGUCCGACAAACCGAAUCCAGGGCAUGGUGUUUGACUUCAUCAGUCAGCAGUUCUUUGACAUCUUCAUCAUGGUGCUCAUUUGCCUCAAUAUGGUGACCAUGAUGGUGGAGACAGACAAUCAGAGCGCGGAGAAGGAGGACUUCCUCUUUAAAGUAAACGUGGCUUUUAUUGUCGUCUUCACCGGAGAGUGUGUGUUGAAGCUUGUUGCCCUGCGACAAUACUUCUUCACCAAUGGAUGGAACAUUUUUGAUUUUGUUGUGGUCAUUUUGUCAAUAGCAGGUACAAUGCUCUCAGACCUGAUUGAGAAGUACUUUGUGUCACCAACUCUGUUCAGAGUGAUCAGACUGGCCAGAAUAGGCAGGAUUCUCCGUCUUAUUAAAGGAGCAAAGGGCAUUCGGACGCUUCUCUUUGCUCUAAUGAUGUCACUUCCUGCCCUAUUCAAUAUUGGUCUCCUGCUCUUCCUCAUUAUGUUCAUCUUUUCCAUAUUUGGCAUGUCAAACUUCGCCUAUGUUAAAAAGGAGGCUGGAAUCGAUGACAUAUUUAACUUUGAGACAUUUGGCGGCAGCAUCAUCUGCUUGUUUCAGAUCACAACAUCAGCAGGCUGGGACGGGCUUUUACUUCCAAUGCUGAACAGGGAGCCUCCAGACUGUGAUCCAGACUUCGAGAACCCAGGCACGGACGUAAAGGGUAACUGUGGCAACCCGGGUAUGGGCAUGAUGUUCUUCUGCAGCUACAUCAUCAUCUCAUUCUUAGUGGUGGUCAACAUGUACAUUGCCAUCAUCUUGGAGAACUUCAAUGUGGCGCAGGAGGAGAGCGGUGAUGCGCUCUGUGAGGAAGACUUUGAGAUGUUCAAUGAGACUUGGGAAAAGUUCGACAUAGAUGGAACUCAGUUCAUUGAGUAUAGCCAGCUCUCCGAUUUUUGUGAUACAUUGCAGGAGCCGCUGAGGGUGGCAAAGCCCAACCGGCUUCGCCUGAUCGAAAUGGAUCUGCCCCUGGUCAUCGGGGACAGGAUCCACUGCCUGGAUGUCUUGUUGGCCGUCACGCAGAUGGUCUUGGGAGACACAGUGGAGAUGGCAGCAAUGCGGGAGAGCAUUGAGGCUAAGUUUAUCCUGAGCAACCCCACCUCAGACUCCUUCGCGCCGAUCACUACGACGGUACGCCACAAAGAAGAGCAGAGCGCCGCUGUGGUCAUUCAGACGGCUUACCGCAAGCACCUGCUGAAACGCUGCAUACGCCACGCCGCUUUUAUGCACCGCUCCAAGAGGAUGGGGAGAAAGGAGGAAAGUGAAGAUCCACCGGAAAAAGAAGGGCUGCUCGCGCGAAAGCUGGGAGUGCUCUAUGGGAGCAAUGUGGACCUGGCAGAGGAGAUGGAGCAGGCCGCGUUAGAGACUCUAGCAAGCCAAGAGCCUCCUAAUCCUGAGACAUUGUCACAUUACCCGGGGGCCCAGUGUGGUCCAGAACCACCUGAGCCAAACAUCAUGGUUGUACCCGUAGAAAUAACUAAUGAGGUUUUAUUACAUUCUGCCCCCCACCAACGCCUCUUGACCCUACAGGAAAACCUGAGAGAGUCAAUUGUAUAACAAACAGCACAAAAUAAUCAAUUAUAUCUUCCCCCUGUUGUUUUUUUUACCAGCCAAGGGAGUAGUGUUAGUUAGAUCUCACUAAUGAUGCAGAAUUUUCCACAUUAGAUGAAUAGGUUAACACAGUGUUAAUGAAUAUUUUUAUCUGUGUUUCUUUUUGAUAAUUAAACUUAACAAACAUUUCCUGUUUUUUUUUUUUUUUUUCAUGCAACAUUAAAGUGUCAUUUUGGGGUGAAAGUGAAACUGUAGAGCAUGGUUUUUCUCCGAUAGCAACCAUAUAGUCAUCAGCAAAAUAAUAUUAUUAAUGCUAAAUGGGAAGCAUAGGUAAAUCAACAAGUCUACAUCACUUUGUGUAAUGUUCAAUAAGAAUUCAUCUGGAUUAAUAUGGAAAAUGGAUAUACUCAAAUAUUCAGUUACCAUUUGUCUGUGUUUAACGUCCCACUGUAACCUCUUUUCUGUGCCUGUGAUAGUUUUUAAUUAUGAGUUUGUUAGUUUGUAAUUGUGGCGGUAAAUUCUACUUUAAUUGACAUCUCCAAAUUAAAGGCACAAAUUAGAUGUGAUUGCUCAGGAUUUAGAUGAACACAGAGAACUUCAGAGAGUUGAAAGACUUACAGUCUUUACAUUCAAUAUCAGCCAAUAAAAAACUUCAUAGUGUUUGUUAGUGUAGAGUGAAAAAUCGUUGUGGACCAGAAUCUGUGAUUUGACAUAUUUCUAGUGAAAAAAAAAAACAAUUUUGAAAUCACAAACCUAGAUACACUGUUGCUCAUAAAGUUGGAAUCAAAUAUGUUUUACCUCUUUCCAUGAAAUGAUUGUGACAAUGUCAUUUAUUCUUGACAGAUAAAGUGUAUAUCUUCUCAAAACUUUAGUAGUCAAUCUCUUCCAAAGUGAUUACUGAUGCAUUUAAAUAGGAAUAAACAGAGGAUUGUGUCUUAAAACAAAAUUAUUCCAACUUUAUGGGCUACAGUGUAUAAUUCCCAAUUUAUAUUUCCCUUUGCCGAAAUGGCAGAGGUCUGAAGUUCCAGUGGAUUUUAAUGCACCGUACGGUUGAAACCUUCAUUUAGGCAAGGAAUACCUUUGCUUUUAGGUAUGGCUGUUACCAGAAAAACCAAACCAUGCACCCCAGUUUCCCACCACAGAGCAACUUGAACAUCACGUGACAAAACCUGACUUAUCCUCCCGUAGGAUUUUAUGCUGUGUUCAUGUCACACAUAGUUGGUACAAGCUUGAAGAGAAAACUAUAACAGUUACUUUGCUUCCCCUGAAGUGACAUGAAUGCAACACGACUAUCCAACUCUACAGAGCAAUAUUUGGAAACUUUAUUAGCGUGCACUCAGCACUACUUAAUCAUGAGAACCGCACUGAUGUUGUGCCGUUUCAUGACGAAAACAGUAGACUGUGUAUCACCUCAUUUAUUCUCACAUUUACGAACAAUUAAACAGAAACAAAUUCCUAUUCCUGCUUACUUUAAGUCACUUUUAUGUGGAAUCUCAUCACUGUGAGUGCUCUACAUGCUAAUUCUUUCUAUUAGACGCCAAACAAUUUCCUAUGGUGGAAUUCGUUUUGUACAUAUGUAAAAUAUUAGCUAAAAACAAAAGCAUAUCUGGAUCAGAUUUGUCCCAGUCUACCAGUGAAACCAUGAGCUCUGUAAGUCAUUAUUAGUUAACAAUAACAUGGGCCGGCUAAUGCAGUUAACAUCUGUCCCUGACUGGCUCGUUCAGACGGUCCAGUUUAUAUUGCACUAUUUAUAUCCCUUCCAGGUCAAGUUAGAGCAGUUGACUGUGUAAGACUGAGAGACUUCCCUGUUUUCUAAAAUGGUUUCAUCACUUAUAUAUAUGCAUGUCAUAUAAAUGUUUUGUCUUUUUUUUCCUAUGUUUUUCCCCCCCUCAGAUAUCAGGUGAUCUCAAACCUCAAAAGUAAUCAGUAAUCACUUGUUUCCAUUUGGUUGUUUUCCAUUUCAGUGUUCAGGUUUAAAUGCUGUCUGUGGCUGCAAACUUAAGAUAUGAUGUUUACAUUAACAUGGUUACAAAACAGAACGACUAAUCUCCCUGUUCUUUUCAACUGUUUCUAUAUUUGUCUAUUAAAUAACAAUAAUUCUAGUAAAAAUAUAAAUACUUUGGUACUUACUGUACAUUUUAAAUGAAGUUUUGCCUCAGGUUGCAUCAAGUUUGUCUUUUGACUUGAUCUUAAAUGAAUCUGAUUUUCUGAAACGCAGCGGAGUGUUGGUUUAGUUAAAUACAUGAAUCUGAUGUUAAAUAAAAAUACCCCAGCUUUGUAUGUGUAGUUUACAUAUUUACAAAAAAGAACUUCAUGCACUGUGGAUCCAUUCAUCUCAAGUCUCUCCUCACAUAGAAAGGUUGCGUCACUUGCUGUUGUGUAAGUCUUAACUGAAUUUAAAAUGUCUUACUCUGAAUAUAUAUAUACAUGAAUUACAUAAGCACUUUUACAGUUUUCUAGUUUUUUUUUUUUUUUUUUUUUUUUUUUACAAUAGACUAUAGAAGAUUGUCUCUUCUCUUGUUCAUGUGUUCAGCAUUGUUGUAACAUCAACCCUGGAGGAAAAAGAAAAAUCAUGAAUGUUUCCUCUAUGAGGGGUCUCUUUGUCUUAUCCUGCUGCCACAGCAUGGCAGUUAUUCCUGUCAGAAGUCUGUAAUGUGACCUGCAGCAGUCCUAUUUCAGAUUGACACGCUGCUGCACCACUUAGCUGUAGUCUCCCCCCGAUGGUACCAUCAUAUUCACAAGACAGUGUCCUCCUUUUGUUUACAUUUCUAAUGGAGGGAAAGCCAUACCAGGAGCUUCACUGGUACACCCACAGUCAGUGUUGCCUGUAUAUACAUUUUUUUGUCUGUAUUGUAUAUUUAUAUCAUUUUGGUAUUGUACAAAAUUGUAUCUAUAUUGUUAGAAUAAAGUUCUUCUUGUAGGGAAAAGUA